GAGGAAAGCGUGUAAGCGUCCUGUGUUUACGCCUAUGUGUCACUUUGGACAAGCACCUAAGGCGAGCUGAAAACCCAACGAUGCAUGUACUAUAGAUAUUUUUGCAUUGAGGGGGGAAUUGUCUUGACAUGACAGGCCAAGGACGGAAGGGGCUUUGCAGUGCUGCGUGCACGGAGCCAUGAAUGAGCGCGUGCACAUAUUCGGAGGUUUUCGAGGAAAAGUCCGCAGCUCAUCUCGCUUCCUUCACGCCGCUUGUAAUCCCCUCACUGUCUCCUAUUCCUUUUUUCUUUUUUUUAACGAAGUGAUCAGCUAUCAUCGCUUAGCAUGGUUUACGAAAGAGAGAUGGACGCGAUCGCCAACAGCAUGCAGAAGAAGGCUGCGGAGCUGGAGCGGCUGGCCGAGGUGCUCGUCACCGGGGAGCAGCUCAGGUUGCGGCUCCACGAAGCAAAGGUCAUCAAGGAUCGACGUCAUCACUUGCGGACGUACCCAAACUGCUUCGUGGGCAAAGAGCUCGUUGAUUGGUUGAUUGAACACAAGGAGGCCUCCGAACGAGAGACGGCCAUCAAGAUCAUGCAGAAGCUUCUGGACCAGAGCAUCAUCCACCACGUGUGCGACGAGCACCGGGAAUUCAAAGACAUGAAGUUGUUCUACCGCUUCCGUAAGGACGACGGUACCUUUCCGUUAGAUAACGAAGCCAAAGUCUUCAUGAGGGGGCAGAGGAUCUAUGAGAAGUUGAUGAACACAGAGAACAGCAUCAUACAGAGCAGGGAGGAAGAAGGCGGAAGCUUCGAGCGGACGUUGGUAGCUUCCGAGUUCAUUGAUUGGCUCCUGCAGGAAGGGGAGAUGGCGACCAGGGAGGAGGCGGAGCAACUGGGGCGGCGUCUACUUGAACAUGGCAUCAUCCAGCACGUCACAAACAAGCAUCACUUUGUGGACGGCCCCCUCCUCUUCCAGUUCAGGAUGAACUUUCGGCGGCGGCGACGGUUAAUGGAGCUGCUCCACGAACGGAGUCGCGGCAUCCCCGAGAGCCACGACAGCCCUUUCUGUCUCCGCAAGCAGAACUCGGAUGGAGGGAAUACCAGUUUUCUCUCAGUGAGUCCCACUAAAGAGAUAAAGAUGGCAGUGGGGGUCCGCCGGAGCAGCAUGAGCAGCAGCUGUGGCAGCAGUGGCUACUACAGCAGCAGUCCCACACUCAGCAGUAGCCCACCGGUCCUAUGCAACCCCAAGUCUGUUCUGAAGAGACAAGUGAGUCCAGAGGAGCUCCAGAGCCCAGGAGGACCUUUUCUAAAGAAGACAUUCACUAUCGUAGGCGAUGCUGUGGGUUGGGGCUUUGUCGUGCGAGGUAGCAAACCCUGUCACAUCCAGGCGGUGGACCCCGGGGGGCCUGCAGCAGCUGCUGGCAUGAAAGUUUGCCAGUUUGUGGUAUCGGUGAACGGCUUGAACGUCCUCGCUCAGGACUACAGAACUGUGAGCAACUUGAUCCUCACUGGGCCCAGGACAAUCGUCAUGGAAGUCAUGGAGGAGAUCUGACUGUGUUGAGCACAAACUGCUGACAAGACAUGUGCAGCAGAAACUCCUAAGGUUGAGUGAAAACCACCCGCACUAAGAAAGCGGAUGAAUGCUGUACUGUUCUUUGUCUCUGCAACUCGAAUCACAUGCACAAAAAGUGAGACACUGCAAUCUUCUGUAUUCAACUCCUCCACUUUAAAAAAAAAAACAGAGGAAGGACAAUCCAUAUCUCAGCGACAAUUUGGAGAUGAAUGAGUGCCAACUUUGCAUCAUCAACAGAUGACUUACCACCUCCAGUGUCCUUUGCCCGAGCUAGUUUCCAAUUCCGCAACGAACGCUUUGGAGAGACCGAUGCUGCUCUCUGCUGGCACAAACACAUUUUCACACAUGCACAUUUAAACAAAAUUUAGACUCACUGGAUACAAUUUACAAUACGAUUCGAUGCUACCUAUACGAACAUAGGUACAGUGUAUGAAGUUGAAUAAAAAAAACAAUUCUUAAGUCAAAUGAGGGUUUAUAACAUUUAUUCAGGCUGAUGUAAUCAGCACCAUAACUAUAAGCUCUGAUAGGAUUUUCUAGCAUUAAAAGCACAAAAUAUCCCUAUAGAUUUAAGAGAUUGUUUUAAAAUGCACAUUUGUUAAUCAUGCGUUUGUUUUUAGAUUACAAUAUGAAAAUCACGGCUUUCUGGCCUCAUCAUAAUAUAGUUUGUAAAACGUAUUGUAAAUGAUAGCCAACUAGUGACAAUCAUAGCAAAUCGUAGGUUGAUUUAAAAAAAACAAAUAUUCACAAAACACCAAUAUAAGCAUUCUCAAACAAUUUAAGGUAAUUUCCUUAUGUACAAUUGCAAUUUAAACAUUUAAUGCUCAGCGCAAAAAUAUAUGUGGCAGUAUAUUAUUUAAUGGAACUCAUUGGGUGGGUUUUUAACAAUGUGUCAUGGACUAUGCAACGGACCUGAUCCACAUUGGCUAGUCAGGGUAAUUGCACAACUGAAUGUAUUGCAAAUUUUUCAUUUUUUUAACAUGAAGCACUUAACUAUAAGAGAUGCAUGCUUUUUGUUAGAAUGUUGCUACAUCAUUACGCUCGCAUUGCAGCAUGAGGGCUGUAUGAUGGCCCCACAUUUAAAUUUGACCAAAACAAACAUUAUGGUAUGACAAUUGAACCGUUGUAUGUACAGACUAAUACCGGUACAUAUUGUAUAUCUUUAUAUGAACCAGAUGUAGUAACUAGGUGUAGCGUAUUAAGGAAUUCAAUAUGAUCGUCCUUUUGGCAUAUAUAUAUAUAUGUCAUGUAUAAAUAUAAACUCCCAUUGUGUUUCCCUAUGCAGUUACGCACACAUACUCCGCAAUAUUGGAUAUUAGCUAUUACUCCAUCAUCUGAGAGAAAAGCUCUCGACUGCACUCACCAUACGAAGCAUGCUGUCAAAUUUAAAAAUGUGGUGUCUUUAGAAUUUCAGUGUACAACUCGUAACGGCUGUCCAAGGGAAAACAUUUUCCACAGUUGAUGAGUUUUCAUCCAAUGGUGACCAUUUAUCGCAAUGUGAAAAAUGUGCAAUGUGAGACGACACGGGUGUUUUGAGGUGAUGGCAUGAGUGUAUCUUUAAUCACAUGUGAGCAGAACAUUCACCUCACAGUUGCUCUGCUGGGGUGUUUGAAAUCUCAGUUUAGUGCAGUGAAAUGAUAAUAAUACAAAGUUUUCCAAUUUUGCAAGGGUGUAGUAUUAAUGCAUUCACUUUAUCAUGACCUCUUUGAUCGUGUCAAAAGAUUAUUACCUGUGUGAUGGCAGAAAUUUCAAUACCGUCUUUGUAUUGGCUCAGGUGUACCUAAUGGUGUGUCCAAUGUGUCAACAUAUAGUAUAGGUAGAUCUUUUUAAUGUUAUCUUUUGACACCUCUUGUUGACUUAGACCAUUUCUCCCGAAAGAGUUGUCAAGUAAGCUAGUAGACUUGAUUAGAGGCCACUAAAAAUGUUUGUUGUAAAAAGUGACCUUCAUUAAUUGUCAUUAGUUUCAUUAGUGCCUUUGCGACAAGCAAAGGCAGUUGUAGACAAAUCAUCUUUAGGUACAGUCAGUAAUUGCGUCAUUAUUUCUCAACCAAAGAUGACUGCUGAUUUGCCCAAUUGUUUUGUUUGUUUAUUCUCUUGUAAAUUUGUGUCAUGUAAACAUGCAGAUAAUACGCCUUCUUUUAACAGGCUACAAUUUUUUUGCAGCUUUUUUACAUUCCCUUUGCCAUAAAAACACUGAGUAAACGAAUUAACAUUAGUUUAUAUUUGGUUGUAUUCUAUAAUUUCCAUUUUUCCCAGACUCACUCACCUUCACUUUUAAAGUGGUGUCUGUAAAAUCUAAAUAGUUUUGUUUCUCACACAGACUGAUAUCUUUCAGAAUAAAAAUGCACAGGAUUAGAAUUCAUUAAUGAAUGAUGGGAUGAUUUGCCUUAAUGAUUUGUUUUGCUUCUCAUGUUACUGUCGGGGUGUACAUAAGUUUCGUCUGGUCAUGCUUCAUUUUAAGGGACAAUCGGUGUUUUACACACUCUUGAACUGAUGGGCGAAUGUAUAACUUCUGUCGACGCAUUCACAUUUCAGCUAUAAAAGGGACUAUGAUAUUUUCAGCAGUUACUUUGGAUUAUUUUUGCUCUCAAAGUGGGACAAUUCUGCUGUUAAACUCAAUAAUGAGCUCCUUGUUUUAAUGAUAAACGCACAGAUAUUUUCCUGACUAAGAUGUUAAGUGGUAAAUAAAAGCAUUCUGUGUUAA